AGGAAAUAAAAAAAAUGGCAUUAGAGGAGACCCAAAACAAUGGGUCCGCCGUGGCGGUAGCACCGAAGGAAAAUGCCCCAACAGCAGCACUCAAACAACAGCCACCGCAAGGUCAAGCGCAGGUACAACCGUCGACAUCGAACGAAAAGCUGAACAAUAUCGUCAACGGUGGUGGCGCCACGAUGGAAAAGUCACGAUCCAACAACAAACAGAAUGACACAAACACAGCGUUCCUACGAGCAGCUAGGGCAGGAGAUCUUCAGAAGCUGAUAGAGUACCUCGAAACUGGUCAGGUGACCGACAUCAACACGUGCAAUACGAAUGGUCUCAACGCGUUGCAUCUCGCAGCAAAAGAUGGUCACUAUGACAUCGUUAACGAAUUACUGAAACGUGGUGCUCUCGUCGAUAAUGCCACUAAGAAGGGCAACACAGCACUGCACAUCGCUUCAUUGGCUGGCCAAAAGGAGAUCAUUCAGCUGCUCCUGCAAUAUAACGCAUCGGUUAACGUGCAGUCUCAGAAUGGAUUCACGCCGCUCUACAUGGCCGCGCAGGAAAACCAUGAUGAGUGUGUAAAUUAUCUUCUUGCUAAGGGUGCUAAUCCUGCACUGGCUACAGAGGACGGCUUUACGCCAUUAGCAGUGGCGAUGCAGCAAGGUCACGACAAAGUAGUGGCCGUACUACUUGAAAGCGAUACACGCGGCAAGGUUCGAUUACCAGCACUACAUAUAGCGGCCAAGAAGGAUGACGUGAAGGCGGCAAAACUUUUGCUGGAGAAUGAACACAAUCCAGACGUAUCUUCGAAGAGUGGCUUCACUCCGCUGCACAUUGCUGCACAUUACGGAAAUGUAAACGUCGCUCAAUUGCUAAUUGAGAAAGGUGCCGAUGUAAAUUUUACUGCAAAGCACAACAUCACACCACUACACGUGGCGUGCAAGUGGGGAAAGCUUAACAUGGUGAAGCUCUUGAUCGCAAACCAUGGUCGUAUCGAUAGUAUCACUCGCGAUGGGCUUACCCCACUGCACUGUGCUGCUCGUUCAGGUCAUGAUCAAGUAAUAGAAGUGUUGCUCGAACAUCGUGCGGAGAUCAUUUCCAAGACCAAAAAUGGACUUGCCCCGUUGCACAUGGCAGCCCAGGGCGAACACGUGAGCGCAGCGCGUAUUUUACUAAUGAACAAAUCACCAGUUGAUGACAUUACGAUUGACUAUCUAACUGCUCUGCACGUCGCAGCUCACUGUGGACAUGUGAAGGUGGCAAAGCUGCUACUCGAUCGAAAUGCCGAUCCGAAUGCACGAGCACUGAACGGCUUUACACCGUUACACAUUGCCUGCAAGAAGAAUCGGAUUAAGGUAGUGGAGCUGCUGCUAAACCAUGGUGCCACAAUUGGAGCUACUACGGAGAGUGGUCUAACGCCGUUGCAUGUGGCUAGCUUCAUGGGGUGCAUGAACAUUGUCAUUUAUCUUCUGCAACACGAUGCCAGUCCGGACAUUCCGACUGUGCGUGGUGAAACCCCACUACAUCUGGCAGCACGUGCCAAGCAAACAGACAUCAUACGCAUCUUGCUACGAAACGGGGCGUACGUAAAUGCGCAAGCACGGGAAGACCAGACACCGCUACACGUCGCAUCUCGAAUCGGUAACAUGGAAAUAGUGAUGCUACUUUUGCAACACGGUGCAAAGAUUGAUGCUGUAACGAAGGACAAUUACACGCCGUUACACAUAGCGGCAAAGGAGGGCCAAGAUGAAGUGGCUUCACUACUAUUGGACAACGAAGCUAACGUAGAAGCGGUCACUAAAAAAGGCUUCACACCACUGCAUUUGGCCGCCAAGUACGGCAACCUAAAAUGUGCUGAACUGCUUCUUGAACGAGGUGCCCAAGUGGAUGUACAGGGCAAGAAUGGUGUGACGCCAUUGCACGUUGCUAGUCACUACGAUCAUCAAAAAGUAGCAUUGCUGCUGCUAGAGAAAGGUGCAUCACCGUAUUCGCCAGCCAAGAAUGGUCAUACGCCGCUACACAUUGCUUCAAAGAAAAAUCAACUGAACAUCGCCACAACGCUACUGGAAUACAAGGCGGAUGCUAAUGCGGAAAGCAAAACAGGGUUCACGCCCCUGCACUUGUCAGCCCAAGAAGGUCAUGGCGAUAUGGCGCGUACUCUAUUGAACAAUGGGGCCGAUCCUAACCAUGCCGCAAAGAAUGGAUUGACACCGUUGCAUCUGUGUGCACAGGAAGACAAUGUGGGCAUCGCUGAAACGCUAUUGGAGCAUAAGGCACGCAUCGAUCCGGUAACAAAGACAGGCUUUACUCCGCUUCACGUGGCCGCUCAUUUCGGUCAAGCCGGAAUGGUGAAAUACUUGAUCGAAAAUGAUGCAAACAUCGAGAUGAAGACCAAUAUUGGUCAUACCCCGCUCCAUCAGGCUGCACAGCAAGGACACACGCUCAUCAUCAACAUUCUGCUGAAAAAUAAAGCAAAUCCGGAAGCAGUGACUAACGGUGGCCAAACUGCGCUAUCGAUCGCCGAUAAGCUGGGCUAUAUCACUGUAGUGGAGACACUGAAGGUAGUCACCGAAACAAGCGUCACACAGACGGUUGAUGAGAAGUUUAAAAUCGUUGGACCAGAAACUAUCCACGAAACGUUCCUGUCGGACUCCGAAGAUGAGGGGCCUGAAGGAGGUACGCCACCCCCACCUAGUGCUAUGAAAGCCCUAAUGCAAGCGCAGCAAUUGUAUGGCGGUAGUGGUGCUAUCAAGUACUAUCAAUCGCAAAUGCGUUACACACGUGAAGAUCCAAUCAUGUCCGACCAGCAGCAGUACAACUACAUGACAAGCGACGAAAACAAACAGUUCGACGACACAAAUCUCACCAACAUGAGUAUCGAUCCAUUGAAGGAUGAUAAAUAUUUGGAAAAGAUCAUUUCUCGUGCAGAGAACUACACCGUUUCGGCCACAGAUCGGUCCCACACACCCAAUCCGCUGGACAUCACUGUGACUGACAAUGUGAACAUCACCCGAAAGCCGAUCCAUGUUGGGUCGCUCAGCAAUGACGCACUGUCGUUGACAAUUGAUCGAUUGGCCAACAUUUAUUGUGGUGAUCAGAAAAAGUUUGUCCCGAUGUGUAGGGAAAGAUUUCUGGUGUCGUUCCUGGUUGAUGCACGUGGUGGUGCCAUGCGAGGUUGCCGCCACAGCGGUGUACGUGUGAUUGUACCACCUCGAUCAGCCGCACAACCUACAAGGAUUACCUGUCGGUAUGUGAAACCACAACGCAUCACCAAUGGUCCGCCAUUAAUGGAAGGAGAGGCUCUGAUAAGCCGCAUUCUCGAGUUGGCCCCUGUUGGUGCCAAGUUCCUUGGCCCUGUCAUCCUUGAGGUGCCUCAUUUUGCGUCGCUGCGCGAUAAGGAACGCGAAAUAAUUAUCCUACGUUCUGAUAAUGGUGAAACAUGGCGCGAACAUACGCUUUACGAUAGUGAGGAAGCCAUCCACGAAGUCCUGAACGAGACAUUCAAGGGAGAUACGCUCAACUUGCUCGAGGAUUUACAUACGAACAGGAUCACACGCAUUGUGACAAACGAUUUUCCACACUAUUUUGCGAUCGUGUCGCGUAUUCGUCAGGAAGUGCACGCUAUUGGACCAGAGGGUGGUACCGUGUCGGCUACUGCUGUUCCACAGGUGCAAGCUAUUUUCCCACAAAAUGCACUGACGAAGAAAAUCCGUGUCGGGCUGCAGGCCCAACCGAUUGACAUGAACACAACGGCUAACUUGCUAGGCCGCAGUGUAGCAGUGUCACCGGUGGUGACUGUAGAACCGCGUCGGCGUAAGUUCCACAAAGCGAUUACGCUCAGUAUGCCCGCUCCAAAAGCUUACAACUCGGGUAUGAUCAACCAAUAUUCGGGCAAUGCGCCGACGUUGCGUUUGCUGUGUUCGAUAACCGGCGGCCAGAAUAAAGCCGUAUGGGAAGAUGUUACCGGUUCAACACCACUCACGUUCGUGAACGAUUGUGUGUCUUUCACGACUACAGUGUCAGCUCGCUUCUGGCUGAUGGAUUGCCGCAACAUUGGCGAAGCAACCAAAAUGGCCACUGAAUUGUACUCGCAGAUGGCGCACGUGCCUUUCAUGGUGAAGUUCGUCGUGUUUGCCAAGCGUGUCGACCAAAGCGAGGCAAAAUUAAGCGUUUUCUGUAUGACGGAUGACAAAGAAGACAAAACAUUGGAACAUCAAGAACAUUUCACUGAGAUUGCCAAAUCUCGAGAUAUCGAGGUCUGUGAAGGACGAACAAUCUAUCUAGAAUUCGCUGGCAAUAUCGUCCCGGUGAUGAAAUCUGGCGAGCAGCUUGCAUUGCAGUUCAACGCAUUUAAGGAAAAUCGUCUCACGUUCACGGUCAAGAUCAAAAACAAUCUGGACGAUCUGCUUGGUCGUAUCUCGUUCAUGAACGAGCCCAAAGUUGCCAAGGGCGAACCAAUUCAAACGGCGCUCUGCACUCUAAACUUUACACUUCCAUCCGAAAAGUUUGGUUUGGGUGGAGACGAACUGGAGACAACGUCCGAGUUCGAUCAGAGCUCGACCGAAGUUCUCAACAGCGAACAGCAGGCUAUCGUUGCGGCAGCCAAUCGUGGCAAGACGCUAAACUUCACGUUCCAAAAUGGAGAUGGUGCAAGCGAAAUACACAAGGCGGAUAUUAAGAUUACAGACAUUUGCAACCUACUCGGUUCCGAUUGGCCCCUGUUAGCGGAUGAGCUUGCGAUCACACCGUCCGAUGUGGAGCUGAUACGAGCGGAAUAUCCGAACGAUGAAGCACAGCAGGCGAUCGUGAUGUUGCGUCUCUGGCUUCGUCAGGCCGGAAGAGAUGCAACUGGUAAUGUGCUCGAGCAGGCUCUUAUCAAAAUCAAUCGGCCGGACAUUGUCAACAAAUCAAUUACAAAUUUGGAACCGGUAACGGACGAGUACGAGCGACGUGUUGCGCAGCGGCAAAUCGGUUCGAUGAAUGGACUGGAUGAAAUCGAUCCAGCAAAAGUGAAUGGUGUGACUACGACCAGCAGUAUAAUGCACGAAUCCGAACACGAGCAAACAGAAGAAAAGCAAGAGCAUGAAGCAGUCGAAAAACAAAUACCGACGGACAACAAUUCCCCAACUGAUUCCGUAUCCCCAGACACCACGGAAGCGUUCCAGCAGAUUCGUCGCGAAAGCGAAAUCCUCGGAAUAGCAGCGAUUAAAAAGGAAGACCUUUCUACGCCUCCACCAAGUCCGGCCGAUUUCAAUACGCAAGUCAGUCAGAACAGCAGCCAGGCGGGCGUAGAAGAAGGACGAAACGAUGCAGUAGCCGAGGAUGUGCAAGAAAUUAUUCAACAAGCCAUCAAAGAUCAUGAUACGCAUGACGAUGACGAAGAGGAGGAAGCCGGUGGUCCGGUGGCGGUGGAAACAGCUGGCAGCGAUUCGGCAAUCAGUGAUCAUGACGAAGAUUCCGAAGGAUUCGAAUUGGACCUCGAAACGGACAAAAGUGGUAAAGUGAAAACGAUAAAAAAACAUUCGAAGGUAAACAUUAAAAUCAAUAAAACAGUUGCCCAACGUCCCACGGUCGGGGACAUCGAGUGGGAAAUGCCAGAAUCGGAUGCACGACAUCCCCAAAUAGAGAUAUCGUCCGUCAACUUGGAGGACGUCUCGAACGAUCGUCGGUACAGUUUGGAUCACAUUGAUCCCGUUGCCGAAGGACUCACUCUCGGUGCUCGUACAUACGAAAAGUCUCACUCGACACCGGGCGAAACCGAACAAAAGAAGUCGGAACAAAUUGUUAUCAUCUCGUCUGAUAACAACAUCUCAGAGGUGCCGGCAGACUAUUCCGGUGACAUUGAUGAGUUCAUUUUCGUGCAAACGUCACCGGAGAACUUUGCCAAGAUGGAAAAGGAGCAAGCUAAGGGUGGAGUUGUAACGGAUGAGGAUGAUAACAGCAACUUGGUCAUCAUCACCGAGGAACACUACGAUUACGAACUAACGAGUGACGAUGAUCGCCGAUCGUCUAGCCUGUUGGAGGAUCCUUCGCCUCCCGAAGAGAAAGAUCUUGAAGGAUACACAGUCGCACCGUCGUCGACGCCAGGUGCGGAUGGUAAGAAGCGCUUUAUCGUUGGAGGCAGUAGUAGUUCGGAAAGUGAAGAAGAUCCCCAACAACGGCGUCGUGAUCAUCAGUCCGGAUCGACAUCCAUCGUAAGACGCACGGUGCGAAGUAAGGUGGUUCCUACGGGUCUUACAAUUACCGAGGAUGAAUCGGUUGUGCUGAAGGACGACCAGACCAAUGGCACCAAUCCGGCGAUAACUGUUUGUCAGCCAACACCGCCACCGGCGCAGCCACCCUCCAGCAGUACCAGCAACAACUUUUCUAUCCGAACAGGACCGGGAUCAUCGAGCGGAUCAGACGUUGCCCUGCACGAAACUGCGGGCGAGCUGAGCGAUGACGAUGAAACAGGUAAAGUCAACAACAACCAGGCUGCAAGUGAUCAUCCGGGAGAUAACCCGGUAACGGACACUGCUUUCGCUGAGGAAUCGCAUCCUUCUUCGUCCACCGUUACCUCCUCGAGGGUGGCGGUAAUCGUAACUCAAGUAUCCAACGAUCUGAUCGACGACGAACAGCCUCCGCAAGUAGCGGAGGACAUGUUGAUCGAUCUUGCUAUGCACGGUGACGGUGGUGAGGACGAAGCGAACGAAUCUGACAUCGAUAAUAGUGAUGUUCGUGCAGGUGUUGAUGGUGAUGGUGGUGGCUCUGUACAGGUUCAAAUGGGAUCGGGCCUAGCAGAAGGCAGUACAGAAAUUAAAAACUAUCUUGUUCAAAACACUGAUCAAAUAGUCGGUAUGGAGCCAACUGAACCGCCAAUUGAAACCACAGCUUCGAAACAUGAAGGAUCCACACGAACAGAAACAAACACUGUCGUUGAUGAAUCAGAUGAUGGAACCAUUCGUACUACGAUUUACUCUACCACGUUGAAAUUUGAUGGUCCGGAAGAUAUGGAAGAACAAAUAUUAAAACAGAUGCGAGAUCAGCAAUUCACAGCGGAACAACAGGAACAGUUGAUGAACACCCCAUUAAUAACAACCACGACAUUGGAUCCGGAUACGGGUGUAGAGACAACGUCCACCUCGACAACUCGAACGACAACGACCACUAAAACAAUCACACUUACACCGGAUGGAGAUUUCCCCGAGGAUGAAAUACUGCAAAAAAUCACAACCGUCACGACGCACACCUCUCAGCCAAACGUACCGGAAAUGGUUAAGGAGACAACCGUCACCGUAACGGAAAUGGUGGACGGCCGAACACUGGACGGUGCUGCCAAGGCACUCAAUAAUAUAGUGGAUGAGUUUAUGAACCAGGAACGUAAAAAUUAAGUCGGCGAGUGAUAA